AUGUUUGCCAAGCUCAAAGCACUGUUCUCGGUGCCCGAGCCACCUCCGAAGCCGGAUGCCGCUGCUGCUCCUGCCACGGCUCCUGCCCCUGGCCCUGCACCAGCUCCUGCUCCUGCUCCUGCCCCAGCACCUCCAGCCAAGGUAAGGCAUCGCCUAUCUUUCCAAAACACUACAGCAGGAUAUAUCAUUGAAAGUGUUUGCCGGCAGGACAAAUACUUAGGCAUAGGGGUAGAAAUUAAUUAAUUUUCGAGCGGUUGAAUAAACACUGCCUAUAUUAUUACCACUGAUUAUAUAGAUAUUGUGGGACUUUAGUAUAAUGACUGGCUGUUACUGAUGUAUGUAAAUGUGUAUUUUUUUUAUUUUAUAUUUAUUGUUUAGGAUUGUUUCUGAAUGUCUUAAACUGUACACAGGAUUAAAUGGCCCUAAAAAUGUAAUAUAAUAUGGUUAACAUAUAUACAGUCAACAUACAGUAUGACUAAUUCACCUUAUCCCAUGACAAAUUGCUCAAAACGAUAGUCUUUAUAUUGAGUAAUGCUUGCUGUUUACCAAAAAAGUGGCGGGGCACCACUCUGUUGUUUUGAAUCCCAGAUUACCCCUUUAAAGUGGACAAAAUGUCAUGUUCUAAACGGAUGUUAGAUUCAACAGUAUCUCUCAGUGAUUGUGACACUGGAUGGGGACACUGGGCAGUGACUCAUGAGAUGGUGAGAUUGACUAGACAGCAAACCAUGACAGCUGAGUCAGUCAGAUCAGGGAAAGCUUCAGGUUGAAACAGCUUGGCUUCAAUGCUUCAGAGCCCAGCCUAUCUCAAAUACCUCCUAUCAACAGUAUAGCCUGGCACUAGAGUAGAGAAGCACUUAUAGCCUCGGUUUCAGGCUGAGUAAUUGGCCUUUGGAGAGGAGAAGAAGUUGUCAACCAACAUGAGAUAAGGUGUAACCAAACAUCAUAAUGGAGUUUGAAAGGAAUAUGUGUGACUCUCGCUCACAAUUAAAUUAUUUAUUAUUUAUCUAGUUAAAGUUAAAAUUGUAACGUUUCGGCCGUCAGUGGCCUGGGUAAUUGGCCUUCUAAGUCUGGAAAGAAAGUGUUUGUUAUUGAUGAGGAGGAGGGAGUUCAUGUAUGAAAGACGGAGAGGAUUUUCACUGAUUAAUGAUUGGAUCAUCCUUUUCUUAGUAUAUGAUUAAGAUGUUUGUUAAUAAGACAAAGCCAUGAAUCUAUCAGAGACACCAAAGUGAGGAAGUGCUCACUUUGGAGUCAGACAGAUGUAAUAUCUACAAGCCAUGAGUUUUCAUACACCUUAUUUCCAACAUGGAUUCCACCCCCUCCCUCCAAGUACAUUCUGGGCACUGAAUGAAGAACCCAAGCCCUCCGAAAAAUAAUAGUUUGAUUAUGUGAGCUGUGAUACACUUGACUGUUUCCACAACAUCAUACUUGUGGUUCUCUGUAGCUCAGCUGGUAGAGCACGGCGCUUGUAACGCCAGGGUAGUGGGUUCGAUCCCCGGGACCACCCAUACACAAAGAAAAUGUAUGCACGCAUGACUGUAAGUCGCUUUGGAUAAAAGCGUCUGCUAAAUGGCAUAUUAUUAUUAUUAUAUUAUUAUUAUGGCUACUGGUGUACCAGACACCCCCGCAGCCCUCGCAAGGCGGGGGGGCCCAAGAGCUCUGGGGGCCCAUGCGCCUGUCAUCGAUGUCUAUAAAAUAAAAUAAAGUAAUAAAUAAUUUUGACAGUAACCCUCCAAAAAGUAAUUAAUAAACCUUUUUAAUUUCCAUAUGUACUAGAAAGGUAAGUGUUUGCUUCUUGGGCUUCAAGAAUGUGACUGGUGAAAAAGCCUCAGGCCUUUAAAGAGAAAUGAUUGGACUGAUUGAAAGUAAGGGGAUAUCGUGAACAAAUACCUAGGUCAAGGCUACAGCGCCAGUGCAAUGAGCGGAGCUUACUCAGGUGUUCAAAAGCACAUAUCAGACCAAAAGCCUAAUGCUUCUUAGGUAGUUUUUUAUGAGUUUUAGUUUAGAAAAUGAUCUCUCCGCAGAAGCAACAGUUACAGGGAUGCUUAAAAUCAGUUUGAUUGCCGUAGCAACAUCAGGGAAACUGGGCAGAAGGAGUGCUGGUUAAAAUUCAGCAGUUCUGUAACAUCUUUAAUUGAGCCUCUCAUUCUCCUUAAUUGCAGGCCUCAACACGUUAUGGAAAGAGAUUAGCUGUAUAGGAAGCUCUGGGACAUUAUAAUGCACAAUGUCUCAGGAGGACUUCAGAAGACCAGUAUCUCAAGUUGGAUUUAAUUUACCUUUGCAGCCAUUUUGUGUAGGCUAUUAGCCAGACAAAACCUGCUGAGUUCAACAAUAAAUAGUAUCUAAAAAGCCGACUACUUUUUUCCUCAUUGUUAGGCUAUUUGAUGUGUAAUUUUUAUAAAAGGUUUUUUAAAUAGCAGCUAAAUAUUCACCCCCCUUGGCGUUUUUCCUAUUUUGUUGCAUUACAACCUGUAAUUUACAUUGAUUUGUAUUUGUAUUUCAUGUAAUGGGCAUACACAAAAUAGUCCAAAUUGGUGAAGUGAAAUGAAAAAAAUAACUUGUUUCAAAAGAUUCUACAAAAUAAAUAACGGAAAAGUGGUGCAUGUAUUCAUGCCCUUUGCUAUGAAGCCCCUAAAUAAGAUCUGGUGCAACCAAUUACCUUCAGAAGUCACAUAAUUAGUUAAAUAUAUAUAAAGGGUACCCCCCUGUAUAUAUAGCCUCCCUACUGUUAUUUUAUUUUACUUCUUUCUCUUUUUUUCUCAACACAUUUUUGUUUUAUUCUACUUUUUUAUAAAAAAUAAAUGCACUGGUGGUUAAGGGCUGUGAGUAAGCAUUUCACUGUAAUGACUGCACCUGUUGUAUUCGGCACAUGUGGCCAAUAACAUUUGAUUUGAUUUGAUUUGACCUGUGUGCAAUGUAAGUGUCACAUGAUCUGUCACAUGAUCUCAGUAUAUAUAUACCUGUUCUGAAAGGCCCCAGAGUCUGCAACACCACUAAGCAAGGGGCACCACCAAGCAAGCGGCACCAUGAAGACCAAGGAGCUCUCCAAACAGGUCAGGGACAAAGUUGUGGAGAAGUACAGAUCAGGGUUGGGUUAUAAAAAAAUAUCAGAAACUUUGAACAUCCCACGGAGCACCAUUAAAUCCAUUAUUAAAAAAUUGAAAGAAUAUGGCACCACAACAAACCUACCAAGAGAGGGCCGCCCACCAAAACUCACGGACCAGGCAAGGAGGGCAUUAAUCAGAGAGGCAACAAAGAGUCCAAAGAUAACCCUGAAGGAGCUGCAAAGCUCCACAGCGGAGAUUGGAGUAUCUGUCCAUAGGACCACUUUAAGCCGUACACUCCACAGAGCUGGGCUUUACGGAAGAGUGGCCAUAAAAAAGCCAUUGCUUAAAUAAAAAAAAUAAGCAAAAACAUUUGGUGUUCGCCAAAAGGCAUGUGGGAGACUCCCCAAACAUAUGGAAGAAGAUAAUCUGGUUAGAUGAGACUAAAAUUGAGCUUUUUGGCCAUCAAGGAAAACGAUAUGUCUGGCACAAACCCAACACCUCUCAUCACCCCGAGAACACCAUCCCCACAGUGAAGCAUGGUGGUGGCAGCAUCAUGCUGUGGGGAUGUUUUCAUCGGCAGGGACUGGGAAACUGGUCAGAAUUGAAGGAAUGAUGGAUGGUGCUAAAUACAGGGAAAUUCUUGAGGGAAACCUGUUUCAGUCUUCCAGAGAUUUGAGACUGGGUCGGAGGUUCCCCUUCCAGCAGGACAAUGACCCUAAGCAUACUGCUAAAGCAACACUUGAGUGGUUUAAGGGGAAACAUUUAAAUGUCUUGGAAUGGCCUAGUCAAAGCCCAGACCUCAAUCCAAUUGAGAAUCUGUUGUAUGACUUAAAGAUUGCUGUACACCAGCGGAACCCAUCCAACUUGAAGGAUCUGGAGCAGUUUUGUCUUGAAGAAUGGGCAAAAAUCCCAGUGGCUAGAUGUGCCAAGCUUAUGGAGACAUACAGUGAGGGAAAAAAGUAUUUGAUCCUCUGCUGAUUUUGUACGUUUGCCCACUGACAAAGAAAUUAUCAGUCUAUAAUUUUAAUGGUAGGUUUAUCUGAACAGUGCGAGACAGAAUAACAAAAAAUAAAUCCAGAAAAACGCAUGUAAAAAAUGUUAUAAAUUGAUUUGCAUUUUAAUGAGGGAAAUAAGUAUUUGACCCGCUCUCAAUCAGAAAGAUUUCUGGCUCCCAGGUGUCUUUUAUACAGGUAACGAGCUGAGAUUAGGAGCACACUCUUAAAGGGAGUGCUCCUAAUCUCAUCUUCUUACCUGUAUAAAAGACACCUGUCCACAGAAGCAAUCAAUCAAUCAUAUUGCCAACUCUCCACCAUGGCCAAGACCAAAGAGCUCUCCAAGGAUGUCAGGGACAAGAUUGUAGACCUACACAAGGCUGGAAUGAGCUACAAGACCAUCGCCAAGCAGCUUGGUGAGAAGGUGACAACAGUUGGUGCGAUUAUUCGCAAAUGGAAGAAACACAAAAGAACUGUCAAUCUCCCUCGGCCUGGGGCUCCAUGCAAGAUGGACUGAAAUGGACUGAAGGACUGAAAUCCUGCAGCGCCCGCAAGGUCCCCCUGCUCAAGAAAGCACAUACAGUGGGGAAAAAAAGUAUUUAGUCAGCCACAAAUUGUGCAAGUUCUCCCACUUAAAAAGAUGAGAGAGGCCUGUAAUUUUCAUCAUAGGUACAUGAAUGAAUUUAUUUGCAAAUUAUGGUGGAAAAUAAGUAUUUGGUCACCUACAAACAAGCAAGAUUUCUGGCUCUCACAGAACUGUAACUUCUCUCAACCCCAUAGAAAAUCUUUGGAGGGAGUUGAAAGUCCGUGUUGCCCAGCGACAGCCCCAAAACAUCACUGCUCUAGAUGAGAUCUGCAUGGAGGAAUGGGCCAAAAUACCAGCAACAGUGUGUGAAAACCUUGUGAAGACUUACAGAAAACGUUUGACCUGUGUCAUUGCCAACAAAGGGUAUAUAACAAAGUAUUGAGAAACCUUUGUUAUUGACCAAAUACUUAUUUUCCACCAUAAUUUGCAAAUAAAUUCAUUAAAAAUCCUACAAUGUGAUUUUCUGGAUGUUUUUUUCUCAUUUUGUCUGUCAUAGUUGACGUACCUAUGAUGAAAAUUACAGGCCUCUCUCAUAUUUUUAAGUGGGAGAACUUGCACAAUUGGUGGCUGACUAAAUACUUUUUUCCCCCACUGUAAAUUGUACAAUCUGCAAUGUUUGAAUUUCCAACUAUAAAUUACUGAACAAGUAAAUAUAUUAUUGCCAAAUGUUAGGCUUAACAUGAGAAAAUGAUGACCAAAUAGGCCUACCAAUAAAAUUGUAUCCAUUAUCUAAAACAAAACUAUAGUCUACGUGCUCUGACACCACAGAAAGCCUGUUAUCGAUUCGAUAGGCAGCCGCAGAGACGUCAAAAUUUCAACACCAUGGACAGCGAUCGGUAGUCUAAACUUUGUGAUUGGCUGUUUGGCUGAGGCAUUCAAUUUUUUUAUAUUUUAGGGAGGGGGUGGGGGACUCUGACCUUGCAGGGGUCCAGAGAAACUGCGUCACGCCAGUGCUUAUGGGCACCUGUCUUCAUGUCUCAUUGGACCAUAUCUAAGAGUAGGAGUGCUGACCUAGGAUCAGUUUUGCCUUUCAGGUAAUAAUGAAUAAGAGGGGGAAUCUGAUCCUAGAUCAGCAGUCCUACUCUAAAUCUGUUGGUGAAUAUGGGCCAUUGUUUUCAGUGAGGUAACAGUGUUGUGUUCACAGGAAGAUGAGAAGAAAGAGGAAGAACCUAAGAAGGAGGAGGCUAAACCAGCAGGUAAGUUUGUUUGUUUGUUUUCAUCUAGCAUUUUCUCUUGCUUCUAUAUGAUAUUAAACCUGCUCAGUUUUUGCCAUAUAAUACUCAAACACAAGGGGACAGAAUUAAGACUUUUCAUUGUUGGUGUUUUGGCUGUGGCGUACCCUUUGGCACACACCCAUAAAUGUUGCAGCCACAACAUCAACAAAGUCUCAUUCUAUCCUCUUGUCUAUGGAUUUCUGUCGUAGACAAUCUAACUCCAGGAGAUAUACACUACCAGUCAAAAGUUUGGACACACCUACUCAUUCAAGGAUUUUUCUUUAUUUUUACUAUUUUUUACAUUGUUGAAUAAUAGUGAAGACAUCAACACUAUGAAAUAACACAUAUGGAAUCAUGUAGUAACCAAAAAAAAGUUUAACAAAUCAAAAUAUAUUUUAUAUUUGAGACUCUUCAAAUAGCCACCCUUUGCCUUGAUGACAGCUUUGCACACUCUUGGCAUUCUCUCAACCAGCUUCAUGAGGUACUCACCUGGAAUGCAUUUCAAUUAACAGGUGUGCCUUCUUGAAAGUUAAUUUGUGGAAUUUAUUUCCUUCUUAAUGCGUUUGAGCCAAUCAGUUGUGUUGUGACAAGGUAGGGGUGGUAUACAGAAGAAAGCCCUAUUUGGUAAAUGACCAAGUCCAUAUUAUGGCAAGAACAGCUCAAAUAAGCAAAGAGAAACAACAGUCCAUCAUUACUUUAAGACAUGAAGGUCAGUCAAUACGGAACAUUUCAAGAACUUUGAAAGUUUCUUCAAGUGCAGUCGCAAAAACCAUCAAGCACUAUGAUGAAACUGGCUCUCAUGAGGACCGCCACAGGAAUGGAAGACCCGGAGUUACCUCUGUUGCAGAGGAUAAGUUCAUUAGCGUUACCAGCCUCAGAAAUUGCAGCCCAAAUAAAUGCUUCACAGAGUUCAAGUAACAGACACAUCUCAACAUCAACUGUUCAGAGGGGACUGCGUGAAUCAGGCCUUCAUGGUCGAAUUGCUGCAAAGAAACCACUAUUAAAGGACACCAAUAAGAAGAAGAGACCUGCUUGGGCCAAGAAACACGAGCGGUGUAAAUUUGUCCUUUGGUCUGGAGUCCAAAUUGGAGAUUUUUGGUUCAAACCGCCGUGUCUUUGUGAGACGUGGUGUGGGUGAACAGAUGAUCUCCGCAUGUGUAGUUCCCACCGUAAAGCAUGGAGGAGGAGGUAUUCUGGUGUGGGGGUGCUUUGCUGGUGACACUGUCUGUGAUUUAUUUAGAAUUCAAGGAACACUUAACAAGCAUGGCUACCACAGCAUUCUGCAGCGAUACGCCAUCCCAUCUGGUUUGGGCUUAGUGGGACUAUAAUUUGUUUUUCAACUGGACAAUGACCCAACAAUUGAGACAUGGAUUGUGUAUGUGUGCCAUUCAGAGGGUGAAUGGGAAAGGCAAAAUAUGUAAGUGCCUUUGAACAGGGUUAGUAGGUGCCAGCCGCACCAGUUUGAGUGUGUCAAGAACUGCAACGCUGCUGGGUUUUUCAUGCGCAACAGUUUCACGUGUGUAUCAACAAUGGUCCACCACCCAUAGGACAUUGGUAUACUCAUUGUAUGUUCUUAAGUUUUAGUCUCUACUCAGGUUCUACACGGUCCACUUGCUCAUAUUAUAUUUUGUACACUACCCAUAGAUCCUGCCCCAGCUUCUGCUCCUGCCCCAGCUCCUGCUCCAGCCCCGGCCGCUGCCCCAGCACCUGCACCUGCACCUGCACCUGCACCUGCACCUGCACCUGCACCUGCACCUGCACCUGCACCUGCAGAAGGGGACAAACCCACUGAGGGGGCUGAAGGGUAAGAACAUCAAUCACACCUGGCUGUGAACUGUGUCCAUGGGCUAUUAGUUUAGCCAGUUAAAGAGAUAGGGGAGAACAUGGGGGGUGAGAGAGAGUUCAUAGUGGGGCUGUUCAUCUACUGAGAUGAGAUGUGUUAAUAAUAGUUUGGUAGCCAGAGAGCAAGUAGUUUCUGUUCAAUCUCUUCAGUGUUUCGUUAAAGAGAUCUAAGUGUCUUCCAUGUAGCUAAAACAAAUCAAAUCAAGUCAAAUUUUAUUUGACACGUGCCGAAUACAACAGGUGUAAAAAGCUUAUACAUGUGUUGUCCUUACACAGCACAGUAACAUGUAGACUAGUCUCUUCCCACAACUGCAGUGGCUGUGGCUUGUGGGAAGACAAUAGUCUACAUGUUACUGUACUAAGGACAACAUAAGCAAGACUCCAAACAGACUAAUAGUGCAAUGUAGGCCUAUAUUAUGGCUGCAGGCAGCUGCUUAGCGAUGGAUGUUUUCCCUCCACACUACAGAAUGACUUGCAGCUUGUGACUCCCAAAGUAGCUGAAUAAGAUUAUGGGAUUACGGGUAUUUGUGACUUAAGAAGGUCAGAGGAUGGGUGGUGGUAGUUCACGUGUACGUUUUAUUUGCAAAGGGUUUCUUUGCUUUCUCUCUGUACUGUAGCUAAUUUCUUACUUCAAGGAAGUAGGCUAUGUUUUACAGGGAAAUAGUCACUGGUCUUGAUUGAGAUAACUUGUAUUCUGUAUUUGGCUUCUGUAUAGGCUGACUUUACAUACAGUGGGUGUGACUUGUGCUGAAAUCCUAUUUCCUUGUUGAGGUACAACCAGAUAAAAACAGAACGGAAAUCCCACCUGCUUCUAUUUCUGGCUGUACAGAGCAGUAAGCUCCAUACCUCUUAAUGUGUGUGUUUUCUUAAAUGCUUCAUCUGGUAUAGUAUUCUUAUAAGAGCCAUCGUAGCCCUUUCCUGCAGUGGAAUGACCAAAGCGGCCUCUAGUGGCCUCAUGGGUGGAAUGAUAAUAAUAUCUUUAAUAAUUUCAUAAUUAAUAAACAUUAUUUCAAAAAAUCUGCUGAAAAUCAGCUGUUUCUAUGUCAGACGGUUUUGUUUUAUUUCAGUCUUCUGUGAUGUAUAUAAAGUGUAAUAUUGGGAUGCAAACUCAAAAUGUAAUACAUUUCAACUCUAUAUCUGACAUGGUACAUGUGUCUUCUUUUUUUAAAGACCAUAACCAUGUAUGUGAUGUGUAUACUUUUGUUUAAAAGUAGAUUGUUUAACAAUACCAAUAAAUACUCUGUGUGACCCUGAUUUAGCCCACUGCAGUAAAUUAAAAAGGGACAGAUAAAAAGUGAAUACCAGUCCAGUGUAAAUACAGCAUCCUCUCAGAGUAUAUUAAGGACAUACAGUACAGAAGGAAAAUAUACUUAGUUUCCUGGCACACCUGGCAAUGACUGUGUAACCAACUAAUCACUAGCACCAGGAUUACCUCCAGUGCGCAGAGAGAGAGAGAUUAUUUUGUUCCUAGUACUAAGUGGGCAGGUGGGAGGUAUGCUGCUGUGCUGAGUAUGAUUCAAUAGGUCCCCAUGGACAACACAGACAUGGUGGUCCCACUGGGUUUACACAGGCAGCUCAAUUCUGUUCUUUUGCCCAAUUAUUGGCAAAAGAUCUGAUUUGUUAUAAGACCAAUUAGUUGCAAAAGAUCAGAAUUGGGCUGACUUUGUAAACACAACCAUAAUGAUUACGAGGAGUUAUUUGAAUGUAGCCAAUGCAGCUCUGUGCACCCAGGAUCAAAUCUAGGCCCUGUCUAAGACCAUAUUGUCGGUCCGGGUUCCCCAACUGAAUUUGGCCCAGGGGUGGUUUUAUUUGGCCCCCCAAGUUUUUCUGCGAGGAAAAAAAUUAUAUACACUACCAGUCAAAAGUUUGGAUACACCUACUCAUUCAAGGGGUUUUCUUAAUUUUUACUAUUUUUUACAUUGUAGAAUAAUAGUGAAGACAUCAAAACUAUGAAAUAAUACAUGGAAUCAUGUAGUAACCAAAAAAGUGUUAAAGAAAUCAAAAUCAAAAUAUAUUUUAUAUUUGAGAUUCUUCAAAUAGCCACCCUUUGCCUUGAUGACAGCUUUGCACACUCUUGGCAUUCUCUCAACCAGCUUCACCUGGAAUGCUUUUCCAACAGUCUUGAAGGAGUUCCCACAUAUGCUUUUCCUUCACUCUGCGGUCCGACUCAUCCCAAACCAUCUCAAUUUGGUUGAGGUCGGGGGAUUGUGGAGGCCAGGUCAUCUGAUGCAGCACACCAUCACUCUCCUUCUUGGUAAAAUAGCCCUUACACCGCCUGGAGGUGUGUUGGGUCAUUGUCCUGUUGAAAAACAAAUGAUAGUCUCACUAAGCCCAAACCAGAUGGGAUGGCGUAUCGCUGCAGAAUGCUGUGGUAGCCAUGCUGGUUAAGUGUGCCUUGAAUUCCAAAUAAAUCACAGACAGUGUCCCCAGCAAAGCACCCCCACACCAUAACACCUCCUCCUCCAUGCUUUAUGGUGGGAACUACACAUGCGGAGAUCAUCCGUUCACCCACACCGCGUCUCACAAAGACACGGCGGUUGGAACCAGAAAUCUCAAAUUUGGACUCCAGACCAAAGGACACAUUUCCACCGGUCUAAUGUCCAUUGAUCGUGUUUCUUGGCCCAAGCAGGUCUCUUCUUAUUAUUGGUGUCCUUUAGUAGUGGUUUCGCUGCAGCAAUUCGACCAUGAAGGCCUGAUUCACGCAGUCCCCUCUGAACAGUUGAUGUUGAGAUGUGUCUGUUACUUGAACUCUGUGAAGCAUUUAUUUGGGCUGCAAUUUCUGAGGUUGGUAACGCUAAUGAACUUAUCCUCUGCAGCAGAGGUAACUUUGGGUCUUCCAUUCCUGUGGCGGUCCUCAUGAGAGCCAGUUUCAUCAUAGCGCUUGAUGGUUUUUGCGACUGCACUUGAAGAAACUUUCAAAGUUCUUGAAAUGUUCCGUAUUGACUGACCUUCAUGUCUUAAAGUAAUGAUGGACUGUCGUUUCUCUUUGCUUAUUUGAGCUGUUCUUGCCAUAAUAUGGACUUGGUCAUUUACCAAAUAGGGCUAUCUUCUGUAUACCCCCCCUACCUUGUCACGACACAACUGAUUGGCUUACACACAUUAAGAAGGAAAGAAAUACCACAAAUUAACUUUUAAGAAGGCACACCUGUUAAUUGAAAUGCAUUCCAGAUGACUACCUCAUGAAGCAGGUUGAGAGAAUGUCAAGAGUGUGCAAAGCUGUCAUCAAAGCAAAGGGUGGCUAUUUGAAGAAUCUCAAAUAUAAAAUAUAUUUUGAUUUGUUUAACACUUUUUUGGUUACUACAUGAUUCCAUAUGUGUUAUUUUAUAGUUAUGAUGUCUUCACUAUUAUUCUACAAUGUAGAAAAUAGUACAAAUAAAGAAAAACCCUUGAAUGAGUAGGUGUUCUGAAACUUUUGACCGGUAGUGUAUAUUUUUUAUCUAAACAGGGGGGCUCAAAACAGGUGUGGCUCUACACCUACCCUGAAUGACGGGUCGCCACUGUGUAUUAGCAGACCGAUGUAGCCGGUAGCACUCAAAAAAAAUUGUUAAGCAAUAAUAAAAAUCGCACCACCCGGUCCGGACUUCCCUUACAUGCAAUAUCUAUUUAAGGAACAUGCCAUAACAUUCAUCCCACUUUUAUUUGGAAACAAAUCAUGUUCUUCUUCUGAUUAUUUGAAUUAAUCAGAACUCUGUUGCACAAUUUGUCCUCUUGUCUCUUGACGCAGUGAAGAGCAGCCCCCUCCUCCACCUCCCCCGGUGGUGUACAACAGGUAUGCAGACGACACAAUCCGGGACAUUGUCAAACGGUUAAGAGACCGGACAAAUAUCUACAAAGAGAGAGUCAUUGACCCCUACACUACCACACCUGAAAUCAGCCCCCCUAUCAGUAAGUGGACCUACUGUACACAGAUGUUGUUGUGUCAAUGAGAAAGACAUGUCAAUCAAUCAAUCAAUCAUCAAUCACUUUAGUUUUUUAUUAGUUUCCGGUUGUCUAAUAAUGUACAGUAUAUGUAUCAUAGUGUAUGUAUAAUAUAUUAUACUUCAAUACAUAUGGUCCAUGUUAGAAUUUAGAAGGCCUGAUGUUCUCAAUGAUAAAGCCCAAAUGUUAGACUAUAUAAUUAUAAACUAAUCUGCUAUUCCAUACCACUCAUAUCAUUCAUAAUGAUUUCUGCUUGUUCUCUAUAGCCCCGGUGUUGAGGAAACCAGACUACCUGAGAAAGAAGGAGGCAGAGAGGAUAAAAGCAGAGGAGGACGCGAUAAAAAAAGCAGAAGCGGAUGCGAUCAAGGCAGUUGAGAUGGCAAAGAAAAAGGAGGAGAAAGCGAAGGCGGACGCGGAGAAGAAGGAGGCAGAGCGGCUAAAGAAACAGGAGGAGGAGCAGGCAGCUAGAGAUGCAGCCAUUUGUCCCAUGUUCAGCUUUUCCUUCAUUGACACUUUGCUCCAACCAGUAGAAAACGCCAUGGACUCAGUGCUUGGUAACACCAUAGAUCCAUUCACAGGUAGGCUCAGUUACAUACUACACUACAGCUACACAUUAGGUAGGCAGCUAGCGGUGAGGAGAGCUGGGCCAGUAACCGAAAGGUUGCUAGUUCGAAACUUCGAGCCGACUAGGUGAAAAAUCUGUCGAUGUGCCUUUGAGCAAGGCACUUAACCCUAGAUCUGGAUAAGUGCAUCUGCUAAAUGACAAAAAAUGUACACUACAGCUUCAUAACACAGUUACAGUGCAUUCGGAAAGUAUUCAGACCUCUUGACUUUUUCCACAUUUUGUUACGUUACAGCCUUAUUCUAAAAUUGAUUUAAAAAAAAUAUCUACACACAAUCAAUCUACACACAAUAUCCCAUAAUGAUGAAGCAAAAACAGGUUUUUAGAUUUUUUUGCAAAGAAAACAAAAAAACAUCACAUUUACAUAAGUAUUCAGACCCUUUACUCCAGUGGUGUCAAACUCAUUUUAGCUCAGGGGCCACAUGGAGGAAAAUCUAUUCCCAAGUGGGCCGGACCGGAAAAAUCAUGGUAUAUAUAUAACUUAAAAACAACAACUUCAGAUUGUUUUCUUUGUUUUAAUACGAUCAACAUACAACAUAAAGCUGGAGCCUGAGGACAGUGUGUCCAAAAUAGUACAAGCACAACAUCACUAUUAAUCAUAAAACACGUCAAGUUUAUUUGAAAAUUCUAAAGAAAAAGAACACACAAACACACAAUGCCUCAGUGAUUAACAGAACUGUUUCACAGAUCACAGAACUAUAUCAGGGUGUCAUUUCUCAGGCAGAAAUGUAGAUAAAAAUAAUGAAAUCCUGUUCCCCAAACAAGUGCAAGAACCACAGAGUCAAGAAUAGGUUAAAUAUACAAAUAAAAUAAAAUCAAUUAAAAACAAUAGCACAUCAACAUAAAACUAUAUAAACAUAAAUCUGAAAGCGUUGCUCAAACUCCCGUAACAGUCCCGUUAUUUUAUCUUUGAACCGCUUCAUGUCUGCCACAUGUUGGGUCGCGCACACAUUUUUCAGACAGGGGAAGUGAGCUGCAUCACCACCGGCAAGUUGCGUCUCCCACAAUGACAGCUUCAACUUGAAAGAACGUAUGCUGUCAUAAUACUGCGUGACAACUUUGUUGCGCCCUUGCAGCUGUUUGUUCAAGUUAUUCAGGUGCUCUGUAACAUCCACCAUAAAUGCAAGGUCCUGCAUCCAUUCUGCGGAAUGAAAUUCUAACACUGGUUUGCCCUUUUCUUCCAUGAACUGUUCAAUUUCUUCUCGUAAAUCAAAGAAACGCCUCAGCACAGCACCUCGGCUUAACCAUCUUACCUUAGUGUGGUAUGGCAGGCCAUAGAUGUGGUCUUUCUCUCUGAGAAGGCUGUCAAACUGACGGUGAUUCAGGCUUCUGGAUCGGAUGAAAUUAACAGUUUGGAUGACCACCUUCAUGACGUUAUCCAUCUUUAAUGACUUGCAACACAAAGCCUCCUGGUGCAAAAUACAGUGAAAAGUCAAAAAAUCACGUCCUCCAUUUGCAGAUUGCACUUUCUCUCUGAACUUUGUCACAACGCUUGCUUUUUUCCCGAUCAUUGAGGGCGCACCAUCUGUAGCCAGGCUGACAGCGCGGGACCAGUCCACUCCGACCCUGUCCAGCGCGCCGACGAGUGCGGUAAAAAUAUCAGCUGCUGUCGUUGUAUCUGUCAUCGGCACCAACUCCACAAACUCCUCGGUGACGGUCAAUGUGUCAUCAACUCCGCGGAUGAAAAUGGCCAGUUGUGCAACAUCUGUAAUGUCCGUGCUUUCAUCAAUUGCAACCGAAAACGCAAUAAAUGACUUUACUUUUUGCUUCAACUGGCUGUCCAAAUCCACUGAAAGAUCGGAAAUCCUGUCUGCAACUAUGUUUCUUGUCAGGCUGAUAUUUGGAAAAGCCUGCCGCUUUUCAGGGCACACAAUCUCCGCUGCCUUCAUCAUGCAUGUUUUUACAAAUUCACCCUCACUAAAUGGUUUUGAAGCCACUGCGAUUUCAUUAGCAAUGAGGUAGCUAGCUUUCACUGCAGCGUCACUGAUGUCUCGGCUGUGAGUAAACACAGACUGCUGUUUCUUCAGACCCGCCAACAGUUCAUUCACCUUCUCUCAUCUCCGCUGUCCUUGAAAGUUGUCAUAUUUGUCGGCAUGAAGACUCACAUAGUGGCGACGAAGGUUAUAUUCUUUCAGCACUGCAACAUGCUCUGAACACACCAAACAUACAGCUUUCCCAUUCAAUUCCGUUAAUAAAUAGGAUGACCAUUUUUCUUGGAACACUCUGCACUCUGCGUCCACUUUUCUCUUUUUUGACAGAGACAUAUUGGGGCAAUGAGUGUGCCAAAGCACAUAAUGUUAAAAGUAGAAGCCGUAAUAAAUAUCGCGGGCAAAACAAAGUAGCUCAUUGGCUGCACGUGCUUGACCUACUUGCUCUGCCCCGGUAUAAACAGUUUGUUUGCUUAACACAAUUGCUAUUGCGCCAUCCAGUGGACGCAAUUGGAACAGCAGUUUAUUUUAUUGAAAAAUUGCAGCGCAUUUUUAUACUUUACAAUUUUUAUUUAUUUAUUUAUUUAUUUAUUUAUUUUUUCAAUCAUCUCGCGGGCCGGAUUAAACCCGUUUGCGGGCCUGAUCCGGCCCGCGGGCCGGACGUUUGACACCCCUGCUUUACUCAGUAAUUUGUUGAAGCACCUUUGGCAGCGAUUACAGCAUCGACUCUUCUUGGGUAUGACGCUACAAGCUUGGCACAUCUGUAUUUGGGGAUUUUCUCCCAUUCUUCUCUGCAGAUCCUCUCAAGCUCUGUCAGGUUGGAUAGGGAACAGCUAUUUUCAGGUCUCUCCAGAGAUGUUCGAUUGGGUUUGUCCGGGUUCUGGCUGGGCCACUCAAGGACAUUCAGAGACUUGUCCUGAAGCCACUUCUGCGUGGUCUUGGCUGUGUGCUUAGGGUUGUUGUCCUGUUGGAAGGUGUACCUUCGCCCCAGUCUGAGGUCCUCAGCGCUCUGGAGCAGGUUUUUAUCAAGGAUCUCUCUGUACUUUGCUCCGUUCAUCUUUCCCUCGAUCCUGACUAGUCUCCCAGUCCCUGCCACUGAAAAACAUCCGCACAGCAUGAUGCUGCCACCACCAUGCUUCACCGUAGGGAUGGUGCCAGGUUUCCUCCAGACGUGACGCUUGGUAUUCAGGCCAAAGAGUUCAAUUAUGGUUUCAUCAGACCGGAGAAUCUUGUUUCUCAUGGUCUGAGAGUCCUUUAGGUGCCUUUUGGCUAACUCCAAGCCGGCUGUCAUGUGCCUUCUACUGAGGACUGGCUUCUGUCUGGCCACUCUACCAUAAAUGCCUGUUUGGUGGAGUGCUGCAGAGAUGGUUGUCUUCUGGAAGGUUCUCCCAUCGCCACAGAGGAACUCUGGAGCUCUGUCAGAGUGACCAACAGGUUCUUGGUCACCUCCCUGACCAAGGCCCUUCUCCCCCGAUUGCUCAGUUUGGCUGGGCGGCCAGCUCUAGGAAGAGUCUUGGUGGUUCCAAACUUCUUCCAUUUAAGAAUGAUAGAGGCCACUGUGUUCUUGGGGACCUUCAAUGCUGCAGACAUUUUUUGGUACCCCUUCCCCAGAUCUGUGCCUCGACACAAUCUUGUCUCGGAGCAAUACGGACAAUUCCUUCGACCUCGUGGCUUGGUUUUUGCUCUGACAUGCAUUGUCAACUGUGGGAGCUUAUAUAGACAGGUAUGUGCCUUUCCAAAUCAUGUCUAAUCAAAUGAAUUUACCACAGGUGGACGCCAAGCAAGUUGUAGAAACAUCUCAAGGAUGGCGCAGCGGUCUAAGGCACUGCAUCUCAGUGCUUGAGGCGUCACUACAGACUCCCUGGUUUGAUUCCAGGCUGUAUCACAACCGGCCGUGAUUGGGAGUCCCAUAGGGCGGCGCACAAUUGGCCCAGCGUCGUCUGGGUUUGGCCGGUGUAGGCCGUAAUUGUAAAUAAGAAUUUGUUCUUAACUGACUUGCCUCGUUAAAUAAAGGUAAGAUAAAUAAAAAUAAAAAAAUCUGUGGAAACAGGAUGCACCUGAGCUCAAUUUCGAAUCUCAUAGCAAAGGGUCUGAAUAGUUAUGUAAAUAACGAAUUUCAUUUGGAAAACAUUUGGAAAAAGUGAAGGGGUCUGAAUACUUUCUGAAUGCACUGUUGAGUUCACAUGUUAACAUCACCUUUUCACCGUUGCAGUUUCACAUGGGAAAAACGUUCACAUGGGAAAAUUGAAUUUCCACGUUUACAACCUUGCAGAUGUUAAAAUCGAACUCACAUUUUUACAUGUGAAAAACUUUCAGAUGUGAAAAUCAAAAUAUGACUUUGUUGAAAUUUUGCAUCCCCCCCAUGGUGUCAAAUUUAUUUCACAUGAGAUCAUGUUUUCAUAUGUAGUUUCAUGUUAUCAAAUGUUGAUUUCACAUGUUGUCACGUUAUCACAUUAACGUCACACGUUAUCACGGAAAUGCAUGUGUUUUUUCUGUAAGGGCAGCUACACACUACAGAUACACACUGCACUAAAGUUACACACUACAGCUACAUACUACAUAUACACAAUACAGCUGCACACUACACUACAGCUACACACUACAGCUACACACUACAGAUACACACUACCCUAGAGAUACUACCCUACAGAUACACACUACCCUAGAGAUACUACCCUACAGAUACACACUACCCUAGAGAUACUACCCUACAGAUACACACUACCCUAGAGAUACUACCCUACAGAUACACACUACCCUACAGAUACUUACCUAGACUUAACCCCUACAGUACACACUGGUACACCCUACAGAUACACACUAAACCCUAUAGAUAUACUACCUACAGAUACACAUCCAAGAUACACACUACCCUAGAGAUACUACCCUACAGAUACACACUACCUACGAUACAAUACCCAGAGAACACAUACCCUAGAGAUACUCCCUACGAUACCCUACACAGAUACACACUACCCUAGAGAUACUACCCUACAGAUACACACUACCGUAGAGAUACUACCCUACAGAUACACACUACCCUAGAGAUACUACCCUACAGAUACACACCACACUACAAGAGGAGGUAUGGACUACACAGUGCAUUUCAGCUUCUUUCACAUUGAUUCAUCUUUUUUUUCUCUCUCUCUCUCUAGAUCGCAAGUAUAUUGCUUGGAUAACACUUGUAAGUUUGGCGUUCAACUACAACAUUUGGUUUACACCGGUUCGUUUGGUCUUUCCCAUCCAUACUCCAGCGUCCAUUCCUUUCUGGAUAAUUGCUGACAUUCUUGCUGACAGUGUCAAUGUCAUAGAUAUCAUCCUCUGGCAGCCACGACUGCAGUUUGUGAAAGGAGGAGACAUUAUUGUAAGUCAUUCUAAAUAUCACUAGAGAGAGAUGAAGGACUUGAUAUUGUGUGUGUGUGUGUUUCAGUGGAGGCUGCUGAGGGGAGGACGGCUCUUAAUAAUGGCUGGAAUGGAGUACAAUGUAUGGAAUGGAGUGACUGGAAUGGUAACAAACACAUGAAAACCAUGUUUUUGAUACCAUUCAAUUUAUUCCAUUCCAGCCAUUAUUAUGAGCCGUUCUCAGCAGCCUCCACUGGUGUGUUUGUAUGUGUUUGUAUGUGUUUCUGCGUGUGUGUUCGUACAUGCAAGUGUGUGUAUGUUCAAGUGUGCAUGCAUAUGUUUUGUAUGCACUUCUAACAUAUAUUAUAUUAUUAGGCAACAACUCCAGCGUAAUGUAGAGAAACAUACAGGUUAAUAAGACUUCAUGUUAUAUUUCAGAAAGACCGGACUAUGACGAAGCCACAUUAUCGAGAGAUUUCGAGGUUUAAUGUAAGCUCUUAUUUCAUAAUUUAUCUCACUUUCAUCUUGUGUACACCUAUAAACCUUGUUGAUGGUAUUCCCUCAGCGUAUAUUAUAGUAUACAGAGAAACACACAGUGCAACAUUGUUCAUUCCACUUCGAGGCAUAAUUCAAGUAACAUAUCACACAUAUUGAUGUAGAAAUAUCAAGACCAUGUACUGUACUGUAGAUAGAUAUGUUGUGCUUGUUUCAUGAUGACUAUAUUAUUUCCACUAAACGUUGUAUUUUCUUUCUGUUGGGGCAGUUGGAUAUGAUCAGCAUCAUCCCAUUCGAUUUGCUAGGUAUCCCGUUUGGAUUCUCUGCUUUAUACAGACUCAACCGUCUACUGAGGGUAGACACUGCAGUUAUCUUCUUUACCACCAAACAUGAUAUGUUUUGUUCUUCAUCUUCUAUUAAAUUGCUAUAGAUUACAUUAGACUAGAGGGUGGCAUUAGGACAUUAGAUAGUGUUUGGGGAACAACAUGCAUGCACACCUAUGAAGCUUCGACGUAUGCUGUCUCUCAGUAUUAAAAAAUAAUGAUGGAUUACAUUACAUUGAUAAUACAUCUGAUAAUAGAUACAAUUUGUUUAUUUUGUUCUCUCAUGACAUUUGCUGUACCAAUGUUUUUCUGGCUUUCGUUUCGCAGAUUGAUAUGUUUUUCGAGUUCAGCGAUCGGCUUGAGAGUAUCAUGGCCAAGGCUUACAUCUGGAGGUACACCCAUCAAACAAAUACAGUCAAAUUCAAAAUUGUUGGCACCCUUGAUAAAGAUGAGCAAAAAUACUGUAUAAAAUAAAUAAUGCAAAUACUGAGCUAUAUUGUAUGCAAAAAAGGGAAAUGUAUAUUAUUUUAUACUAAUACAAUUGCUCAGGGGAAAAUAUUUUAUUGAACCUUGCAAGGACAACAGGGGCGGCAGGUAGCUUAGUGGGUAAGAGCGUUUUUCCUAUUUUGUUUCAUUACAACCUGUAAUUUAAAUCGAUUUGUAUUUGUAUUUCAUGUAAUGGACAUUCACAAAAUUGUCCCAAAAUAACUUGUUUCAAAAAAUUAUAAAAAAUAAAAUAAGGAAAAGUGGGUGCGUGCCAUAUGUAUUCACCCCCUUGCAUGACGCCCCUAAAUAAGAGGUAGCGAACGAAUUACCUUCAGAGUAGUCACAAAUUAGUUAAGAAAGUCCACCUGUGUGCAAUUUAAGGUCACAGAUCCUCUGUAUAUAUACCUAUUAUGAAAGGCCACAGAUUGUCAUGCAAAACACACUAAGUAAGGGGCACCACCAAGCAAACGCGGCACCAUGAAGAACCAAUGGAGCUCUACCCAAACAGGUCAGGGACAAAGUUGGUGGAGACAGAAGUGCAGAUCAGGGUUAUAAAAAAAUAUCAGAAACUUUGAACAUCCCACGCAGCACUAUUAAAUACAUUAUAAAAAAUGGAAAGAAUAUGGCACCACAACAAACCUGCCAAGACAGGGCCGCCCACCAAAACUCACGGACCAGGCAAGGAGGGCAUUAAUCAGAGGCAACAAAGAGACCAAAAAUAACCCUGAAGGAGCUGCAAAGCACCACAGGACCACUUUAAGCCGUACACUCCACAGAGCUGGGCUUUACGGAAGAGUGGCCAGAAAAAAGCCAUUGCUUAAAGAAAAAAAAUAAGCAAACGUUUGGUGUUCGCCAAAAGGCAUGUGGGAAACUCCCCAAACAUAUGGAAUAAGGUACUCUGGUCAGAUGAAUAGUUAUGCAUGCUCAAGUUCUGUUUUUUUGUCUUAUUUCUUGUUUCACAAAAACAAAUAUUUUGCAUCUUCAAAGUGGUAGGCAUGUUGUGUAAAUCAAAUGAUACAAACCCCCCAAAAAUCCAUUUUAAUUCCCGGUUGUAAGGCAACAAAAUAGGAAAAAUGCCAAGGGGGUGAAUACUUUCACAAGCCACUGUAGUUCCAAUCUAAGUGCCAAUGGUGUUUAGAAAACUCCAGGUGUUUACAUUUGUUGGUUGCUCUCAGUAAAGGCUUUUUCAUGGCAACCCUUCCAAAUAGCCUAUUGGUAUGGAGGUGGUGUCUAAUUGUAGAUUUGGAGACUUGGUGACCCAAGAUGCGACCAAGUUCUGUAAUUCUCCAACUCUUUUCCUUGGACUUUUCUUUGCCUCCCGAACCAUCUUCCUCACUGUGAGUGGGGAGAAGAUACACUUGGGUCUUCUACCGGGCAAGUUUACCACUGUUCCAGUAGUUUUAAACUUGUUAAUUGUUGCCAUAGUAGUGGUACAUGGUAUAUUUCAUUUUCAGUCGUUUUUUUGUACCCAUUUGCCUGAUUAUUGAAUGUCAACAACUAGUUGUCCUUUCAUUUGUGAGUUCUUUGCCCGUGGUGAUGGAUGACAAAUUGAUUUUACAUGCGCAUUAACUCGUUUUUAUACUCCAGUGAAACAGAAAUCCAUGAAAGGCCACAAUACAAUUCCUUAAAUUUAUAUUAAUAAAAAAAUGUGAAUGUUAAUGCAGAUUACAUUUCGUUUGAUUUUAUUAUAAGAAUCGUUAAGGGUGCCAAUCCUUUUGACACUUAUCUUUUUUUUUGUGACCAACUUUUUAUUCCGUUUUGUUAUGUUAUUUUUCAGAGGGAGGUUACAGGUACAAAAACAAUCAAAUAAAUGCAUACAAAGAUAACCCAAACCCAUUCCCCCAAUCAGUCCCCAUCCACCCGCCUGCAUCUUCCUCCCUCCCCACCACCUCGCUUCCCACCCCGCUUACCUGAUUUAGGGGACACAGUGAACAGUAGGGAGUUCCGGACAAUUUCAUCAUAAAAUGUUUCCUUGGUGUUAAAUACAGUGUCGUGACGUGACUUACUUUAACGUAUGACUGUUAUUUAUCGAAUCACCUAACUAUGUUUAAUUGUCACUUGAUUAAAUUAAGUAACAAUUCAUUCAUUAAGAAUUUUGGCCACCACGGAAGUUGUUUAACGGUCCAGUGCAUUAUCUUCUUCUUCACCUUGUGUAGAGGUUGAGAGUUUCAGAGUUUCUCCAUUUUAAACGUGUGGACUAAUGUCUCACGUUUUCUUGGCUUCCUGGUCUGGUAGAAAUUCAACCAUUUGCAACGUUUAGCGCUUCACGAUUCACGUCUGCUGGUCUAAAGGUUGAUUUGUUUUUCAAGGCUUUUUAUGCCCUCUGGGUAAAAGAUCGUGCCCUCUGGGUGAUGACACGAUCUCUGAUGUCACUCGGAGCGUGGCUAGGCACUGCAUAGUUUAUAUGAAAAACUAUUAUCUCAUUAGAAUACUAAAAUCACAUUCCUAUCUUCACCAAAAUACUCUCAUACUUAAUAAUAUAUGUUAUACAACAUUUAGAUGUAAACUUGAUAGAUAGAAUAUGUACACUUUCCAAAGUCAUAUUUUUCCAUAUUCUGUUCCAGUUAAAGUGUGGUUCAGAUUCAGUUAGAUCUGUGGACCAUACUUUUUUUAAUGGCUAGCUCAGAAUGAGCUUUCCAAAAGUUGUUGAUAUAUUAUAGCGAUCAGUCCUUUCGGGAGCCCAGAUAAUUUAUUUUAUAAAUCCCAUCAUUGAAUGUUUCGGUAGUUGCGUUUCCCAAGGGACUCCAUAAGCCAACAUAGCUGACCUAAAUUGUAAAUAUAUACUGACCAAAAAUAUAAACGCAACAAAGUGUUGGUCCCAUGUUUCAUGAGCUGAAGUAAAAUAUUCCAGAAAUAUUCCAUAUGCACAAAAAGCUUAUUUCUCUCAAAUUUUGUGUACAAAUUUGUUUACAUCACUGUUAGUGAGCAUUGCUCCUUUGCCAAGAUAAUCCAUCCACUCUACAAUGUGGAGUUUUGUAACACAACACCACAGAUGUCUCAAAUUGAGGGAGCAUGCAAUUGGCAUUCUGACUGCAGGAAUGUCCACCAGAGCUGUUGCCAGAGAGUUGAAUGUUAAUUUCUCUACUAUAAGCCGCCUCUAACGUCAAUUUAGAGAAUUUGGCAGUACGUCCAACCGGCCUCACAACCGCAGACCACGUGUAACCACGCCAGCCCAGGACCUCCACAUCCGGCUUCUUUACCUGUGGGAUAAUCUGAGACCAGCCACCCGUACAGCUGAUGAAACUGAGGAGUCUGUAAUAAAGCCCCUUUGUGGGGAAAAACUCAUUCUGAUUGGCUGGGCCUGGUUCCCCAGCCUAUGCCCUCCCAAGCCCACCCAUGGCUGCGCCCCUGCCCAAUCAUGUGAAAUCCAUACAUUAGGGCCUAAUUUAUUUAUUUAAAUUGACUGAUUUCCUUAUGUGAGCUGUAACAUUGAAAUUGUUGCAUGUUGCGUUUAUACACUGCUCAAAAAAAUAAAGGGAAUACUAAAAUAACACAUCCUACAUCUGAAUGAAUUAAAUAAUCUUAUUAAAUACUUUUUUCUUUACAUAGUUGAAUGUGCUGACAACAAAAUCACACAAAAAUGAUCAAUGGAAAUCAAAUUUAUCAACCCUUGGAGGUCUGGAUUUGGAGUCACCCUCAAAAUUAAAGUGGAAAACCACACUACAGGCUGAUCCAACUUUGAUGUAAUGUCCUUAAAACAAGUCAAAAUGAGGCUCAGUAGUGUGUGUGGCCUCCACGUGCCUGUAUGACCUCCCUACAAUGCCUGGGCAUGCUCCUGAUGAGGUGGCGGAUGGUCUCCUGAGGGAUCUCCUCCCAGACCUGGACUAAAGCAUCCGCCAACUCCUGGACAGUCUGUGGUGCAACGUGGCGUUGGUGGAUGGAGCGAGACAUGAUGUCCCAGAUGUGCUCAAUUGGAUUCAGGUCUGGGGAACGGGCAGGCCAGUCCAUAGCAUCAAUGCCUUCCUCUUGCAGGAACUGCUGACACACUCCAGCCACAUGAGAUCUAGCAUUGUCUUGCAUUAGGAGGAACCCAGGGCCAACCACACCAGCAUAUGGUCUCACAAGGGGUCUGAGGAUCUCAUCUCGGUACCUAAUGGCAGUCAGGCUACCUCUGGCGAGCACAUGGAGGGCUGUGCGGCCCCCCAAAGAAAUGCCACCCCACACCAUGACUGACCCACUGCCAAACCGGUCAUGCUGGAGGAUGUUGCAGGCAGCAGAACGUUCUCCACCGCGUCUCCAGACUCUGUCACGUCUGUCACAUGCUCAGUGUGAACCUGGUUUCAUCUGUGAAGAGCACAGGGCGCCAGUUGCGAAUUUGCCAAUCUUGGUGUUCUCUGGCAAAUGCCAAACGUCCUGCACGGUGUUGGGCUGUAAGCACAACCCCCACCUGUGGACGUCGGGCCCUCAUAGCACCCUCAUGGAGUCUGUUUCUGACCGUUUGAGCAGACACAUGCACAUUUGUGGCCUGCUGGAGGUCAUUUUGCAGGGCUCUGGCAGUGCUCCUCCUGCUCCUCCUUGCACAAAGGCGGAGGUAGCAGUCCUGCUGCUGGGUUGUUGCCCUCCUACAGCCUCCUCCACAUCUCCUGAUGUACUGGCCUGUCUCCUGGUAGCGCCUCCAUGCUCUGGACACUACGCUGACAGACACAGCAAACCUUCUUGCCACAGCUCGCGUUGAUGUGCCAUCCUGGAUGAGCUGCACUACCUGAGCCACUUGUGUGGGUUGUAGACUCCGUCUCAUGCUACCACUAGAGUGAAAGCACCGCCAGCAUUCAAAAGUGACCAAAACAUCAGCCAGGAAGCAUAGGAACUGAGAAGUGGUCUGUGGUCACCACCUGCAAAACCAGUCCUUUAUUGGGGGUGUCUUGCUAAUUGCCUAUAAUUUCCACCUGUUGUCUAUUCCAUUUGCACAACAGCAUGUGACAUUUAUUGUCAAUCAGUGUUGCUUCCUAAGUGGACAGUUUGAUUUCACAGAAGUGUGAUUGACUUGGAGUUACAUUGUGUUGUUAAAGUGUUCCCAUAAUUUUUUUGAUCAGUGCAUUUUUGUUCAGUAUAUAAAAAGGAGUUGCCCGGUAAUGUGUAUGUAUCUUUCAAAUCUUGGAAUGUUCUCAAACCAUUACUGUCUAUGAUAUCGGUAAGGGUACGGAUUCCACAUCUGGACCAUUGGGGGGAUGCAAAAGGCCGCCCUCCAGAUUGCAAGCCAUUAUUGUGAAAUAUUGGAGUAUGGGCACGCCAUUUUGAUUCCCAGUUACAUUGUUUUGAAAUGUUGCACCAAAUGGAAAUUGUGUUAGCAGUAAUAGGACCAAAGCGUAGUUUACAUUCUUAAGGGAUAUAUCAGUGGAGACCACCUGUUCCAGGGCAAUAGGAGACACCAAAUGUCUCUCUAUACUCUGCCAGGGUGCAGAAUAAUCAUUUCUAAACCAAUUUAGGAUGGGGGAAAAUGCAAGCGCCUGGAAAUACAAUUUAAAGUUUGGUACGGAUAGUCUUCCUCCUUGACACCAAUCUUUUUUAGAUGUUUAUUGUAUUAGUAUAAAAUAAUAAAAUGUUCCCCCAAAAUUUGCUGACAAUAUACUGUAGUUCGGUUUGUAUUAUUUAUUUUAUACAGUAUUUUUUGCUCAUCUUUAUCAAGGGUGCGAAUAAUUUCAGAUGUGAUUUUUUUUUUAAUCUAUAGAAUGGAAGUGUCUGCUAUGUGGCAUACUAAUGUAAUGUUAUACUUUAGUCUAGUUAGAUGUGUGAAUGAUGAAGGUGAUGAUACUGGAUGAAUGGAGAAUGCUAGAAUAGCUUUACCACACCCGCAACAGAAAACCAUUAUCUAAGACCUCUUCUUCUUCCCUGUGUUUGUUCAGAGUUGGUCGCACCACUGGCUACUUGCUGUUCAUGCUCCAUCUCAACGCCUGUUUCUACUACGUGGCAUCAGUGUACCUUGGCAUCGGCACCUCCAAAUGGGUCUACAAUGGAGAGGGAACCGCGUACGUAUAUUAUUGUGUAGAGUAUAUAGGGUUUCAAAAUUGCCAGGUUUUCCAGAAUUCCUGGUAGGAGGAUUCCAGGAUUCCUGCUUAUUCUCUCCUGAUUUUGGGAAUAUUCCAACCUGGAUUUCUGGUAAAACCUGGAAUUAUGAGGAAAUUAACAGAAUUUUGCAUCCCGAGGAGUAAAACAUUCUAUACUUCCAAUAUAGUCGCUUGUCUCCGAGACUGUUACAGUUGAACAGUUUCUCAAUUUGUAGUUUUCCCUAAACCAGUGUCUCCAUUGCCUUCACUGUGGAUUAGGGGUGUGAGUAACCGUCUUCUUCCAAACCCCUGUAUCCUUCCUACAGGUACCUGCGUUGUUAUUACUUCGCUGUUCGUAGUCUGAUCAACAUCGGGGGUCUUCCUGAGCCAGGCUCUGUGUUUGAGAUCUGUUUCCAGAUGACCAACUUCUUCACUGGUGUCUUCGUGUUCUCCAGUUUGAUUGGACAGGUACAGUAUCACUAAAGACAUGCAGAAUGCACUCCAGGCAAGAGGCAGCCAUCCUCUGGUAACAAUUAUGAUUGCGGUAAAUUCCAUUUCAAUUCAGGAAGUGACAUUCCAAAUCUAAUUUUCCUCAUUUCUUUUAAAUGAGGAAAUGGACUCAAAUGUAAUUGGAAUUGACUAGAUUGAAAUGGAAUUGGCCCCAACAUUGGUUUGUUGUGAGUGGUCCAGUGGUCCUGGAUUGAAAGUAUUUUCUUUGUUCUUCUGGUAAAGAUGAGAGAUGUUAUCGGGGCUGCCACGCAGGGCCAGACAUAUUUCCGGGCCUCCAUGGAUGGCUGUGUGGAAUACAUGAACACCUUCGACAUCCCCGACUUGGUGCAGAACAGAGUACGCACCUGGUACAACUACACCUGGGACGCCCAGGGCAUGCUGGGUAAGCAAUAAAUAAGUGGUGAAUAAAUUAAUCUUGACUCCAUGCUGCCAUAAUCCUGCUGUAAAUAAUGUUAAUGUCAUUUUAUGGCAAAUCGGCAAUUAACAUGGUGUACAUUUGCUCUGUAGUAAUGUCUUGAAACAAUUUUCCCCCCACAAUUUUUCUUCCUUUUACUCCCCUCUCCAUCUCCCCCUCUUCCCCCUCCCCCCUCUCCAUCUCCCCCUCUUUCCCCUCCCCCCCUCUCCUUUCCUCUCCAGACGAGUCUGUACUGCUGGAGCAGAUGCCUCUUGUAAUGAGAACAGCCAUUGGUGUGGAUGUAAACUUUGCCACCUUCGAUAAAAUUGCUCUUUUUCAGGUAAAUAUAGGUUGAAAUUAACAUGAUGUCAUUAUGACUCCUUGUGCUAACAGGCAACUAACAGCACACCUGCAACACCCUCUGAAUGUUGCCUAAAUGUUAUCUGACUGUUUUCUCUAUGUCUUUGUCCCCUAGGGCUGUGAUAAGCAGAUGUUGGUGGACAUGUUGCUGAGGCUCAAGUCUAUUAUAUAUCUACCUGGAGACUUUGUGGUGAAGAAAGUGAGUGUAUGGGACGGUCACUGUUGCAUAAUAUAGUCAAUAUGUAAUUUCUUUAUAUACACUUGGAUCACAGGAGGUUGGUGGCACCUUAAUUGGGGAGGAUGGGCUCGUGGUAAUGGCUGGAGCGGAAUAGAUGGAAUGGUAUCAAAUACAUCAAACACAUGGUUUCCUUGUGUUUGAUGUCAUUCCAUUCGCUCCGUUGCAGCCAUUAUUAUGAGCCGUCCUCCCUCAGCAGCCUCCACUGACUUUAGUCUUUUUCAAAACAAUACAGCAAAAACAGUAAAAAGCAACAGAAACAAUGAAACUAAAGAAUAAAUAAAAGCAAACAGAAGUUGCCAUCCAAUAGGUACAGAAUAAUAUAUAAAGUAAGUAUACAGAGUUGUGAUGUUGUAUUGUUAACAAGAUUAGUUAAUCAAGUCUUCCUGGUUUGUGAAUGAUAUCCAUUUGUCCCAGUUACUUUCGAAUACAGGUUUUUGGAGUCUUAAAGCAUAUGUCAAGCUUACCCAUAUUAAAGAUUUAUUGGAUUAUACUUUGCCAUUCUUAAAAUGUUGGGGCUUCUAUUUUAUACCAGUUUCUGGUAAUGGCUUUUCUACUUUUAGCUGGUAUCUGUCACUGCCCAUCACAUUCUCUGGAACAUUACCAAGGUACAUUACAGUUCUAGGGACAUCUUUUAACACCGAACAUACAUUACCCCAAAACAUUGACAUCUUCUGACAUUCCCCAAAAACAUGGGUGUGGGUGGCAUCUACAUGGUCACACAGCCGCCAGCAUGGCUGUUGUAUACCUAGCUGUUGACCUUUGAUUCUAGGAGUGAUAAAAAAAACGGGUCAUAUUUUUCCAAUAAAACUCUCCAUGUUCUUGAGUUUGUAGAAGUAUGUUGAGUACUGCAUAUAUUGUCCCAGUCUUCCUCUGAGAUGUCUAUAUUCAGUUCCUUUUCCCAUUUUGCUUUAAUAUAAAGAGUUGAGUCUUUUCUAGAGGCUAUCUGGCCAUGACAGAGUAAAGAGAUCGUCUUGGACAUUGCCUGAUUAUAUGCAUUUCGAAUCACAUGGUUAGUCAUAUUUGGUUAGUCAUAUUUGGUUUGGUAUUGAAGAAUACAUUUAUCUAUUUUUCAAAAUAGUCCCUUAACUGUAAGUAUCUGAAGAAAUCUUGGUUUUCCAUGCCAUAUUUCUCCUUUAAAUUCUGAAAACCUAAGAGUUCUCCAUCCUCUACAAUGGUACAAAGUGCUGUCAUGCCUCUCUCAGUCCAUUCCUUAUUUUUUUAAUCAUAGAUACCUGGUUUAAAUUUAGGAUUAAACGCAAACCAUUUCAACAUUCUGAUUUCCUUUUUCAGCUUGUGUUGUUUCACCAUCCGAAACCAGAGGUCUAGUGGAAAUGAUGAUAUAGGGUUAAGUAUUCCUGUUAAUGUCCCAAAUGUGUCUUUAUCCCCAGCUACAGUUGAAGUCGGAAGUUUACAUACACUUUAGCCAAAUACAUUUAAACUCAGUUUUUCACAAUUUCUGACAUUUAAUCCUAGUAAAAAUUCCCUGUUUUAGGUCAGUUAUUUUAAGAAUGUGAAAUGUCAGAAUAAUAGGAGAGAGAAUGAUUUAUUUCAGCUUUUAUUUCUUUCAUCACAUUCCCAGUGGGUCAGAAGUUUACAUACACUCAAUUAGUAUUUGGUAGCAUUGCCUUUAAAUUGUUUAACUUGCGUCUAACGUUUCGGGUAGCCUUCCACAAGCUUCCCACAAUAAGUUGGGUGAAUUUUGGCCCAUUCCUCCUGACAGAGCAGGUGUAACUGAGUCAGGUUUGUAGGCCUCCUUGCUCGCACAUGAUUUUUCAGUUCUGCCCACAAAUGUUCUAUAGGAUUGAGGUCAGGGCUUUGUGAUGGCCACUCCAAUACCUUGACUUUGUUGUCCUUAAGCCAUUUUGCCACAACUUUGGAAGUAUGCUUGGACUCAUUGUCCAUUUGGAAGGCCCAUUUGCGACCAAGUUUUAACUUCCUGACUGAUGUCUUGAGAUGUUGCUUCAAUAUAUCCACAUAAUUUUCCUCCUCAUGAUGCUAUCUAUUUUGUGAUGUGCACCAGUCCCUCCUGCAGCAAAGCACCCCCACAGCAUGAUGCUGCCAACCCCUUGCUUCACGGUUGGAAUGGUGUUCUCUGGCUUGCAACUACCCCCUUUUUCCUCCAAACAUAACGAUGGUCAUUAUGGCCAAACAGUUCUAUUUUUGUUUCAUCAGACCAGAGGACAUGUCUCCAAAAAGUACGAUCUUUGUCCCAAUGUGCAGUUGCAAACCGUAGUCUGGCUUUUUGAUGGCGGUUUUGGAGCAGUGGCUUCUUCCUUGCUGAGCGGCCUUUCAGGUCAUGUCGAUAUAGGACUCGUUUUACUGUGGAUAUAGAUACUUUUGUACCUGUUUCCUCCAGCAUCUUCACAAGGUCCUUUGCUGUUGUUCUGGGAUUGAUUUGCACUUUUCGCACCAAAGUAUGUUCAUCUCUAGGAGACAGAACGCGUCUCCUUCCUGAGUGGUAUGACGGCUGCGUGGUCCCAUGGUGUUUAUACUUGCGUACUAUUGUUUGUACAGAUGAACGUGGUACCUUCAGGCAUUUGGAAAUUGCUCCCAAGGAUGAACCAGACUACAAUUUAUUUUCUGAGGUCUUGGCUGACUUCUUUUGAUUUUCCCAUGAUGUCAAGCAAAGAGGCACUGAGUUUGAAGGUAGGCCUUGAAAUACAUCAACAGGUACACCUCCAAUUGACUCAAAUUAUGUCAAUUAGCCUAUCAGAAGCUUCUAAAGCCAUGACAUUUUCUGGAAUUUUCCAAGCUGUUUAAAGGCAGUCAACUUCUGACCCACUGGAAUUGUGAUACAGUGAAUUUUAAGUGAAAUAAUCUGUCUGUAAACAAUUGUUGGAAAAAUUACUUGUGUCAUGCACAAAGUAGAUGUCCUAACCGACUUGCCAAAACUAUAGUUUGUUAACAAGAAAUUUGAGGAGUGGUUGAAAAACUAGUUUUAAUGACUCCAACCUAAGUGUAUGUAAACUUCCGACUUCAACUGUACAUACUGGAUUGGGCAACCUUGAACGGCAGCCUCAAUAUCUUUCCAUAUAGUACUGUAUUGCGAGUCACAUCAACACACUGUUGGCCUAAAUUGUGCAGCUAAGUAAUAUUCCCUAAGAUUAGGUAGUGCCAUCCCCCUUUGUCUUUAGGGAGCUGAAGAGUCGAAUAUCUAAAUCCUUGGUUUCCUCCAAAUGAACCGUGAUAUUAACUUGUCCCACAGAUUGAAUUGUUUCAGGGGUACCGCAACUGGUAGAGACUGGAAUAGGGGAGAAUAUUCAUUUAACUGUCUCUACUAUAGAGCUGAAAUCUAAAAGGAGAAGGUACCAUCUUUCUACUGUAUAUGUUUAUGAAUAUUUAGGAUAAUUGGUUUAUAAUUAGUUAUAUAUACACUGAGUGUAGAAAAUAUUAUGAACACCUACUCCUUCCAUUACAGACUGACCAGUUGAACGCUAUGAUGCCUUAUUGAUGUCACUUGUUAAAUCCAUUUCAAUCAGUGUAGAUGAAGGGGAGGAAGGAUUUUUAAGGGGGUGGGGGGGGGAGUAAUGUUUUGUACACUGUGUAUAGCUUUGAAAUAUCCUUUGUUCAGGUUUACCCCUAGAUAUGUAACCUUUUUGGAAUUCCAGUUGAAACCAAUGGGGUAGAAUUAAAGGGUAAACUAAGUUUGUAUCCUGAAUAAUAACCAUAUUUUCCAGAAUGUUCAUUCGUUUUGAGAAGCAAGUGUUGGGGUCAGUCAUGUAAACUAGCACAUCAUCAGCAUACAAGGCAAUUUUAUGCUCUUUUCCUCUGAUGCUAAUACCUUGUAAUUCAUAAUUUGGCUUUAUCGCUUGGGCAAGGGGCUCAAUAUACAAGGCAAAUAACUCAGGUGAGGCGCAACAUCCCUGACGUGUGCUGCGUUGUAAAAUUACUUUCACUUUAAUGAUAAAUGUUUUAAAACAUUGGAUUGCGUCCUUUUUAAAGCCAAAUCGCUUUAAAACAUGAUAUAAGUCAAAUUAACGCUAGCGAAUGCCUUUUCUGCAUCUAAACGGACUAAUAGUGCUUCUGAAUUGUUUUCCUUAAUCUAGAGAUCUUCUGAUGUUAUCUUGGGUUUGACGUCCUCUAAUAAACCCAGUUUAGUCCAACUCAAUUAGAUCCGGCAUAAAGCUUUCAAGGCCCUUGGUAAUAAUCGAGGUGUAUAGUUUAUAGUCAUAAUUCAAAUUCGAGAUUGGCCUAUAAUUACUGAUAUGUUCUUUGUCUUUACCCUCUUUUGGUAUGACAGUUAUGAUGCUUUCUUCCAUGAGGGAGGGGCUUCACCCUUUUAAGGUCCAAUGAAAUGAGGAUAAAAGUCUAUGUAAUUUCAGAACAUCCUCAACACCACCCUGUGAUUUUAAACUACAUUUUCCAAUCUGUGUUCUGUUUGAUCGUUGUCUUCUAUAGGGUGACAUUGGUAAAGAGAUGUACAUCAUAAAGGGUGGAGAGGUGCAGGUGGUUGGUGGACCAGAUAACUCCAUUGUGUUUGUGACACUAAAGGCCGGCUGUGUGUUUGGAGAAAUCAGGUAUUAUCAUUACACUACAAUAUUCCAAUGUAAUAAUAUUAAACUCCAGUAGAAGAGAUUCCCACUGGGCAAAAUCUGGUUGAAUCAAAGUUGUUUCCACAUCAUUUCAACCCCCCAAAUCUAUGUGAUUGACUUUGAAUCAACGUGGAAAACUGAUUAGAUUUGAAAAGUCAAUGUAAGGGAAUUUCGUAUUUUUGUCACCCAACUUUUAACUUAAAUCCAAUGACAUUAUAUAUUUUUUCUUCAUCGAAUUCACAUUAGUUGACAACUCAAACAAAUGUAAAUCAAAACCAGAUGUAGAACUGAUGUCUGUGCCCAGAGGGUUACUAUUACAGAUUAACUUCUAAGUGUGAGUGUUGGUCGAGGAUCUUCAAUCAGAGUUCUGAAUCGGUGCUCUUCCUCAGUCUGCUACAGUCUGCCAAAGACGGCGGGAACAGAAGGACGGCUAACGUAAAAGCUCACGGCUUCGUCAACCUUUUUGUCCUGGAUAAGAAAGACCUGGUUGACAUCUUGGUCCACUACCCAAAUUCCCAGAGAGUGCUGGCCAAGAAAGGAAGGUAAGCUCUUUGUGUGAGCUAGCUAAGGUAUGAGACCUAUACUAAGAAUGUAUAGUUAGACAUGUCAGAAUGAAAUCAAGUUCUGUGUUUUUUUGAUCAACCGCUCUACAAGAUUGUGAUCGUUGUGUGUCUCUUUGAGAUUGUUGACUGUUGUGACUCUGAAAGGAAACUGAUGAAGGCGAAGGGUCCAGCUGGUGCUAAGGCUGAGGUUGAAAAGAAGAAAGGACUGGCGCUGUUCGGACCCAAACCCCCCACUCCUAAAUUGGCACGCGUCUUCGGAGGCUUUGGCAAAGGAGGCUUCUUGGAGAAACUGAAGGUAUAUUUCAGCUACAGUACCCUUUACAUUAUUAUUACACACUCCUACAUUACAUAGUACGACAGAGCACCCGCAUUACACAUGGUAGCCCUAUAAAACCCACUGACAACAAGCUAUAUCUCUUCUACUUUUGCAUAUUUUUGAUACCGAAUGUUAUCAGAUCUUCAACUAUAACAUAAUAUUAGAUAAAGGGAACCUGAGUGAACAAAUAAACUCAACAAUGACACACUUAUUUCAUAAACAAAGUUAUGCAACACCCAAUGCCCCUGUGUGAAAAAGUAAUUGCCCCCUUACACUAACUAGUUGUGCCACCUUUAGCUGCAAUGACUCCAACCAUACGCUUCCUGCAGUUGUUGAUCAGUCUGUCACGUAGUUGUGGAGGAAUUCUGAUCCACUCUUCCAUGUAGAAUUGCUUUAACUCAGCGACAUGUGGGUUUUCAAGCAUGAACUGCUCGUUUCAAGUCCUGCCACAACAUCUCAAUUGGGAUUAGGUCUGGACUUUGACUAGGGCAUUCCAAAACGUCAAUUAUUUUAUUUAUUUUUUGCCAUUUUCAUGUAGAAUUGAUUGUGUGUUUUGGAUAAUUGUCUUGCUGCAUGACCCAGCUGCGCUUAAUCUUCAGCUCACAGACUGAUGGCCUGACAUUCUCCUGUAGAAUUCUCUGAUACAGAGCAGAAUUCAUGGUUCCUUCUUUUAAGGCAAGUUGUCCAGGUCCUGAGGCAGCAAAGCAUCCCCAAACCAUCACACCACCACCACCACCAUGCUUGACUGUUGGUAUAAGGUUCUUACUGUGGAAUGCAGUGUUUGGUUUUCACCAGGCAUAAUGGGCCCCAUCAGUCUUUGAGCUGAAGCGCAGCUGCGUCAUGCAGCAAGACAAUGAUCCAAAACACACAAUCAAUUUUACAUGAAAAUGGCUAAAAACAAACAUUUUAAAGUCGAAGUCCAGACCUAAUCCCAAUUGAGAUGUUGUGGCAGGACUUGAAACGAGCAGUUCAUACUUGAAACCCCACAAAUGUCGCUGAGUUAAAGCUGUUCUGCAUGCAACAGUGGGCCAAAACUCCUCCACAGCAAUGUGAUAGACUGAUCAACAACUACAGGAAGCAUUUGGUUGCAGUGAUUGCAGCAAAAGGUGGCAACCAGUUUGAGUGUAAGGGGGCAAUUACUUUUUUACACAGGGGAAUUGGGUGAAGCCUAACUUUGUUAAUGAAAUAAAAUAGGUAUCCAGUUUCUUGUUAUUUGUAAACUCUGGUUCCCUUUAAUAUAAGGUUUUGGUUGAAGAUCUGAUAACAUCCAGUGCAAAAAUAGAGAAAAUCAGAAAGGGGACAAAUACUUUUUCACGGCACUGUAGAUUCUAUCUGGCUUAGGUUAUAAACCUUUAGAUCUCACACAGUAUUUGAUUUAUAAGGAUAAAGGCUACCUACAGUCGCGGUCAAAAGUUUUGAGAAUGACACAAAUAUAAAUUUUCACAAUCUGCUGCCUCAGUUUUUAUGAUGUCAAUUUGCAUAUACUCCAGAAUGUUAUGAAGAGUGAUCAGAUGAAUUGCGAUGUCCCUCUUUGCCAUGAAAAUGAACUUAAUCCCCCAAAAACAUUUCCACUGCAUUUCAGCCCUGCCACAAAAGGACCAGCUGACAUCAUGUCACUGAUUCUCUCGUUAACACAGGUGAGAGUGUUGACGAGGACAAGGCUGGAGAUCACUCUGUCAUGCUGAUUGAGUUAGAAUAACAGACUGGAAGCUUUAAAAGGAGGGUGGUGCUUGAAAUCAUUGUUCUUCCUCUGUUAACCAUGGUUACCUGCAAGAAAACACGUGCCGUCAUCAUUGCUUUGCACAAAAAGGGCUUCACAGGGAAGGAUAUUGCUGCUAGUAAGAUUGCACCUAAAUCAACCAUUUAUCGGAUCAUCAAGAACUUCAAGGAGAAAGGUUCAAUUGUUGUGAAGAAGGCUUCAGGGCGCCCAAGAAAGUCCAGCAAGCGCCAGGACCGUCUCCUAAAGUUGAUUCAGCUGCGGGAUCGGGGCACCACCAGUGCAGAGCUUGCUCAGGAAUGGCAGCAGGCAGGUGUGAGUGCAUCUGCACACACAGUGAGGCAAAGACUUUUGGAGGAUGGCCUGGUGUCAAGAAGGGCAGCGAGGAAGCCACUUCUCUCCAGGAAAAACAUCAGGGACAGACUGAUAUUCUGCAAAAGGUACAGGGAUUGGACUGCUGAGGACUGGGGUAAAGUCAUUUUCUCUGAUGAAUCCCCUUUCCGAUUGUUUGGGGCAUCCGGAAAAAAGCUUAUCCGGAGAAGACAAGGUGAGCGCUACCAUCAGUCCUUUGUCAUGCCAACAGUAAAGCAUCCUGAGACCAUUCAUGUGUGGGGUUGCUUCUCAGCCAAGGGAGUGGGCUCGCUUCUCAGCCAAGGGAGUGGGCUCACUCACAAUUUUGCCUAAGAACACAGCCAUGAAUAAAGAAUGGUACCAACACAUCUUCCGAGAGCAAUUUCUCCCAACCAUCCAAGAACAGUUUGGUGACGACCAAUGCCUUUUCCAGCAUGAUGGAGCACCUUGCCUUAAGGCAAAAGUGAUAACUAAGUGGCUCGGGGAACAAAACAUCGACAUUUUGGGUCCAUGGCCAGGAAACUCCCCAGACCUUAAUCCCAUUGAGAACUUGUGGUCAAUCCUCAAGAGGCGGGUGGACAAACAAAAACCUACAAAUUCUGACAAACUCCAAGCAUUGAUUAUGCAAGAAUGGGCUGCCAUCAGUCAGGAUGUGGCCCAGAAGUUAAUUGACAGCAUGCCAGGGCGGAUUGCAGAGGUCUUGAAAAAGAAGGGUCAACACUGCAAAUAUUGACUCUUUGCAUAAACUUAUUGUAAUUGUCAAUAAAAGCCUUUGACACUUAUGGAAUGCUUGUAAUUAUACUUCAGUAUACCAUAGUAACAUCUGACAAAAAUAUCUAAAAACACUGUAGCAGCAAACUUUGUGAAGACCAAUACUUGUGUCAUUCUCAAAACUUUUGACCACGACUGUACAGUAGAAAUAUAUAUGACUGAGGUUAAUGUUUUCUUCUUUCUUUCCAGGCUGCACAAGUGAAGGAGCAGCAGGGGAAGUAAAAGAGGAGAGGGUGAGACAUCUGAUCCAUUACUGGGAUCCGCCAUCUUUGUUUAUAUUCCUCUACUGCACUGGGGUGUAUUCAUUAGUGCACACCGUAGCAAAAAUGUUUAGCAGCUUAUUAUAAUUUUGUUUAUUUAUUAUGUUUCGAUUGAUCUUGGAACCCAGAAACACAUUUUGAGUGCGUUGUUGACAAUUGAUUAUGCUUUGAUUAGUCAGUGAGGGGUUCUGAUCUCUGUGCUGCUAGCCAAUAUGAUGGAGAAUACCGGUAUGUUAAACUUUGUACACUGUAAAUAGUACUUAAUUUUACAUAAAACUAUUAAAAUAUUUACUACAACUGCAGUGUCUUGCUAUCUUUUUCAUUUCAUUUUUCAGUUAAGGAGCCCAAUUAUAAUCUUUUUUACCACUAAUUGGUCUUUUGACCAAUCACAUCAGAUAUUUUUUAGAUCUGAUUGGUCAAAAGACCAAUUUAUGGAAAAAAAUUACCAGAAUUGGGCUGCCUGUGUAAACACAGCCUUAGCAUCCUAUGGAAUCAAUAUAACAUAAAAAAAACAAGCUGAAGAAGCAAACAGUUUUUUUCCCCAUAAGAAGGAUGAGACAAACAUUGUGGUAGAUAAGCAAUAAUGUUUACUUCUGAUCAUCAUACAAUAUUAAGAAUAUGCUUGAUUCCUUUGGGGGAAAAACAGCUAUAAAUGGCCAAGGCACACAUACUUAAGCAAUAAGGCCCGGGGGGUGUGGUAUAUAGCCAAUAUACCACAGCUAAGGGCUGUUCUUAUGCAUGACGCAACUGGUUACCAAACUAAUUAGAACAAUAAAAAGUACUUUUUUUGUCAUACCCAUGGUAUACGGACGGUCUGAUAUACCACUGCUUUUAGCCAAUCAGCAUUCAGGGCUUGAACCACCCAGUUUAUAAAAUAAUACAGGACAUUGACAUAACAUGGAAGAGCAGAAAGAACAAUUUGAUUGUGUUACUUACUAUAGUAAUAUCUAUAAUAUAAGGCCCUCCAUUUUUAUGAACCCAUAAACUGUACACAAUUAUGAAUGACAAAAUAACUAAUCCAGUUGAAGUUGUACUUCCAGUUUAGGUCAUAUUAAACCUGAUCAAUUAUCAAUGGGGAAGGACAGGUUAAAUCAAGUAAAUUGUUUAUCAAUAUUACCUAUAUAACAGAAAUGUAAAACAAUAUAUACUCUAAGCUAAAGCUGACAUUUAUAUAAUUAAUAUGGUCAUAAUUGAAUUCAAUUAUUUGUAUUUAUGCUCAAAUGGAUUAGGAACUCUGCUAGCUAGUCCAUAAAGUGGCUCUUCAAGCAUAAUUGGCACAAGAGGAAGAAAAACAAGAGUGCUCUAUAGCAACUCAAUACACAAACAUCAAGUAAUCAUCAUUAUUCUGGAGUGGAACGAUUAAUACACUAUGAAUGCCAUUCACUCAUAAAAGCUGCAUUCACAACACAAUAUCCAAUUUGCUAAACCGUCAGUUUAAAUACCAUUCCUUAAAAAGAAGCAUGAAUUUAGCCUGUUUGAAUAAACAAAAUGUAUAUCCAAACCAUUAAUUUGAGGACUGGACAAUUACUGUAGAUAUAGUGCUACUCACAGCUUGAUAACUAAGAAUCUAUACUGAGAAUUAAACUUAGUAGUAUACAGGAAUAUAUAAAAAUGUGCCAAACUACAACUAUAAAAAAAUCUAUAAAUUUAUAACAAAACAUCUGACGAAGCAAGGUUUAUACUGAAAUAGGGCGGCAGGUAGCCUAGCAGUUAAGAGCGUUGGGCCAGUAACUAAGGUUACUGGUUUGAAUCCCAAGCUGACUAGGUGAAAAAUCUGUCGAUGUGCCCUUGAGCAAGGCACUUAACCAUAAUUGCUCCUGUAAAUUGCUCUGGAUAAGAGUGUCUGCUAAAAAUGACAAAAAGGCAAAAAUAAAAUGCCAAACAGUAUAAAAUAGGAGCAACUAAGAAGCAUUAGGCUACUUAAAAAAAGAUACAGUGCCUAGUGAGUCUACACGCCCCUUCUACAGUUGUCACAUUUUGCUACCUUAAAAUGACAUAUUUGAAAGUGAUUUCAUACUGAUCUACACAGCCUGCUCCACAUUUUGAAAUUGAAAGAAGUAAAGAAAAUUGUCUAAAUUAAUUUUAAAAAAUAAACAAAGAUGUCUUGAUUGUGUAUGUCUUUACACCCCAGAGUUAAUACUUGGUGGAAGCACCUUUGGCGGCAAUUAAAGUAGUGAUGGGGCAACAAUUGAUACAGUUUCAUGUCGCAAUAUUAUUUUGGACAAUAUUAUAAUCGAUACUUUGACAAGUAUUGAUUUUGGAAAAAAAUAUAAUACCUUUUUUUUGGCCAGCUAGCGUUAAAUUGGCUGUACCUGCGCCAAAACUCUUGUAUUUUUCAUCAAAUAGCUUGUUCUCCAUCUUCUUUUUAAAUAGUAAGCUAACACUUUUCUUUCCAUGACUGAUCCAAAAAAAACUUUUUUUUAAUGCCUUCUCUUCAGCAGACAUAUAGUGAGCAACAUGUAGAAUCGUAAUCCAUAUCGUAGCAAAAAAUACAAAUGUAAUCCCUUUUUAGAUUUAGUUUUAAGGCAGCAAAAUGUGACAACUGUGCAAGAGGAUGUGUAGACUUUCACUAGGCACUGUGCAUAUGAGUAUAUGUACACAUGCUGUGGGCUUGGCCUAUUGACGGAGAUUGGGAACAAGCCAGACUGGACCAAUGUGUGGUUGGUUGCUGUAAGUACACAUGCAGUGUUUUGUUUUAACUUGGAGAAGUUCCCCCUACAAAACUUCCACCCUGCUCAAUUCAACCUGACGCAUGCUAGUUAGUAAUGGCUAGAGAUUUGUUAACCGGUCAUGAUCCCUUUGACACAAUGAUAGAUAGCAGAGAGUGCUUAUGGUAGCUACUGAGAUGAGCGACUGUCUACUCAUCCUGACAGUGUACUUUGUCUUCUGUGAGGUGGGGAUAGGUUGGAGUGCUGGGUACUGGGGUUGGUUGUUGGUUCCUCUCCUGGGCACUAGGAGGUGAGGGUGGGCCUGUCUGCGGUAGCUGCUGGUGUAGGGACGGAGGCAGGGGGAGCGUCAGUGUUGGGAGGACUCAGCUUGUUCAUGUUG